GUACAAGCAUGCCUUUUAUAUUUACUAGCAAUUGAAGGGAAGAGAGAGAGAGUGAGAGAGAGGGUGAAGAGAGAGACAACCAAUGAGCACAGCUUUCCCAAGAGGAAAUUAAAAGAAAGGAGCUCAGCGAAAAGAGGGGGAGGGAGAGGAGGAGGAGAGAGAGAGAGGGAGCAUGCAGGAGAGAGAGAGAGAGAGAGAGAGAGAGAGAGAGAGAGAAUCUCACGCUGGCUGUCUCCUAAUCCUAGUCCAUCUCUAAGAAGUGGCGGAGGGAGCAGAGUGUUAGUGAAGUGAUCCAGAGCCAGCAUAGCGUCUCUUCUCCACCAGCUAGCACCACUUGCGUGCUCACACACACACUCUCACACACACACACUUGCAACGGGAUUCCGCGGUGGGUCCGCCUGCCUGCCUGCCUGCCUGCGUGUCCAGGUCUAUUGUGAGCGUGAGGGGAUUGUUGUGCCUCCAGUCGGUCCAGCCAGCCAGCACAGCCCCAGUGCGUUUGGGAGCAGGGGUCCCCAGCUGGGCCGUUUUGGGGGGCACAGGAGUCUAAAGAAGAGGAGGAGGAAGGAAAGAGGAGGAAGAGGAGAGAGUAAGUGCACUCAACGCUGGAAAGGAGUCAACACUGGAAAUGCCCAUCAGGUUAGGCCAUCCUGGAACAACUUCUGGGGGUCUGAGCCUGUCACAGCCUCGGCCAAUCGCAGCCUGCGUUAGAGGUGGCGGCUGCGUGUGAUUGGAGGAUGGCGACCAUGCCGUUCAUCAGCGAGGGAAAGUGCGUGAGUGUGGAGUGGGACUUCCUACAGGGACUACUGGCCAAACCCCCCACCCUGCCUUGUUUGCAGAACCUGCGGAAGGAGAAGUCUCGUAAUGCCGCUCGUUCCCGUCGCGGCAAGGAGAACUUUGAGUUCUUUGAGCUGGCCAAGAUGCUGCCUCUCCCCGGGGCCAUCACCAGCCAGCUGGACAAGGCCUCAGUCAUCCGCCUCACCAUCAGCUACUUGCACAUGCGCACCUUCGCCAGCCAGGGAGACCCGCCCUGGUGCCCCCUGCUGGAAGGAGAGAACCACUGCAGCAAAGUGCGACGCUCCUGCCACUCUCUGGCCACUGACAUGUUCGAACAGCACCUGGGAGCACACCUGUUACAGUCUCUGGACGGCUUUGUGUUUGUGGUAAGCUCAGAGGGGCGCUUCCUCUACAUAUCAGAGACUGUUUCCAUCUACCUGGGCCUCUCACAGGUGGAGUUGACGGGCAGCAGUGUGUUUGACUACAUCCACCCAGCGGACCAUGUGGAGAUGGCAGAGCGUCUGGGCAUCAGGCCCCACCUGAGGGCCGAGGCUGGCUGCCAUGUGGCCCCCGAGAGCGCUUCCAGCUCUGCCUCCACAUCCUCCCUGGCCGGGACCCCCGAGCCUGCCCCCUCAAGCCCCCUCUCUCCUGGGAACGAACCUCCUGACCGAGGCUUCUUCAUCCGAAUGAAGUCCACCCUCACCAAGAGAGGCCUCCACGUCAAGUCCUCCGGCUACAAGGUCAGAGUGAUCCAUGUGACCGGGCGAAUCCGCUGUCGCCCUGCCAUGGUGCCAGGCUCCGUCCGCUCGGUGCGUCGGCCAAUGGGCUUGGUGGCCCUUGCGCACACGCUCCCGCCCUCCACGCUGAACGAGGUGCGCAUGGAGAGCCAGAUGUUUGUCUUCCGGGUCAACAUGGAUUUGCAGGUCACCUACUGUGAGAACAGGAUCUCAGAGUACAUGGACCUGAGCCCGGCAGAGGUGGUGGGACACACCUGCUACCACUUCAUCCAUGUAGAAGACCUGGAUAACAUCAGACAGAGCCAUGAGGACUUGUUGAGGAAGGGUCAGGUGGUGACCGGGUACUACCGCUGGCUCCAGAGGAGAGGGGGUUAUCUGUGGGUCCAGUCCUGUGCCACCGUCUCCAUCAACCACAAAGCCCCCCACGAACGCAACGUCAUCUGGGUCAACUAUGUCAUCAGUCGGACAGAGCUCCCAGACACUCCCCUGGAUCUGCUGCAGCUCCCAGAGAGUCUGAGGGUGGAGCGUCUGAAAGCCAGCUCCUCCCCUUCGGAACACUCACCACAAACCCGGGGCCCACAGCCAAUGAAAAGCUCUGUGUGUAAAGGUGACCCUGACUCUAAACUGAGAGAGAUCUAUAAUCCCGGUGUCCAAUCAGGGGACAGGAGGAAGCGUCCGCUGCGGUCUGACUCUGAGGGUGCUCCCGCGGAAACGCGGCGUCGCCUGGAAGAGUUCCGCCAGAGAGAGCGGAGUGUGUCAGCCUCCUCAGACCUGGGCAGCGAGAGCGGGGGAGAGGAGAGAGAGUGGGAGCAUGGGGGAGACAGCGCGAGGGUCAAACGAGAGGAGGGGCCUUCGAAACGAGGCGAGGAGACCCCCAUGAGGGGCGGCGGGGCGCACAACGGCCGUGCGGUAAUCCAGCACCUGAAGAGUGUAGUGUCCUCGCCUCUCUCUGGCCACCCCAACAUCAAGACUGAACAUGAGGCACUGGCCACAGGGGGUCGCUGGACACACACACACACCUCCUCACACAUACAACCCCCACCCUCACACACACACACACCCUGCGGCAGCCUGAACGGCGACAGUCCCCUCACCCCUAUCCCGGACUCCUCCUCCAGCAGUGAAGCCCCACCCAAUGGUAUUUUCACCCCGCCCUCCCCCGCCAUGUCUCCUCCCAUGUCCGGCUCCUCCCCUCUACCCUGUGAGGAGCGGGGAAUGUUGUCUGGAGGCCGAGGGUGCGGGCCUGACUUUGAGCUGUUGCAUAGACUGGCAGCGGGGGGUGCUGCAGGACGGGUGCUGUUUCACCCCCUGGCCCUCGGCCCCCAGGGGCCACAGAGCCUGUACGCCCCCAGUACCAUCCGCUAUGCGCCCCCAGAGCUGCCCCACUCCCACCCCGGUGCUGAGGGGCUGCGCUCAGACCACCACAAGGGCCCCCCAGCCUUUUUCCCUCACCUCCAGAGGCUGGCCGGCCUGCCCUCCUUCAGUGGGUUCUCUGCCUCGGACAAUCCCUUCAACCCCUUCUGUAUGAACGGACUGAGGGGGGCGGCAGGGUCCGAGGAGGACUGAAAGAGAGAUGGGGCUAGAGAGAGACAUGGGGGCAGGACAUUGGGACAUAUGGGGUUGUGAAACUGAACAAAGGACCAUUUGCACAGCUUCCGUGGGGAGUCAGAUGGUGUCCGACACAGGUGACAGGAUGGGUGACACUCAAGGUGGACUUUGACACUUGACUUUACCCCACUAGUUGUCCAAGCUUUGUCCCCCUCUCUGCUCUACCAUAUCCUCUCUCCGCUGCUGUUACAUGACUGUGCAGAGUUCCAUGUCUAAAGCCAUAUUGUACAUAGAGACAGGACCAUACACACCUUCACUACUCCUUCCUCAGUAUUAUAACAACUGUUCCUGAGCCUGUCAGACUGACUUAUGUGUGAAUGGGAAAAAAGAGAAAAAGAAAAUGGAUGACAUUUUUCCCCCAUUUUUGCGUGAAAUACUGAAUCAUCUCUUGAACGGAGUUAGAAAUUAUACUCUGGCACAGAGGUGGAAAUAUAGAGGUCUGAGCCAAUCUCAUGGACGCCCAAAAUAAUAUUUGAACACAUCUCGGGUUAUCCUUCCUCCCACAAUGUGAACCUCGCUGAAGAGGGUUAAAAACUGAAGAGGGUUUAAAACUGUGAAAGCACAGAGAGUGAGGGGAGUCUCAGAUACAUUCCAUUCCACUCUGAGGCUGUUCUGUCACGAUGUCGUCUGGGAUGGGAGGUGGGUGUACAAUACCUCUACUGGCUGGUCACUUUGUAAUGUUUUCAGUCUUGUAAAAACUGAAAAUGAUCCUACAGCAUGAAGUGUUGUGAAAGUGAAAGACGCUGGGCUGUGCUGGGUUUGAGAUGGAAGCCAUAGUCCUAUUAUAUUGUCAUGUUGUUGCCAUACGGUGAAGUAGGAGAGGUGUAAAAACUAUUGUCUUAUACUAGAGAACAUACUUUGGGAAAUGCCACAGUUUAAUUCAGAAGCCCUCUACAAAUGUAUUCAUAAUAAAGGGUUUGGGGAGGGGUGUGGGGGGGGGGGAUAUUUUUUUUAAUUAUUCACAUUUGUCCGAGCACUUACUGAAAUUUGUUAUGAACACAUAGCACUUUUGAAUGUCCUUGUGUACUUUAAGGGUUAAAUAACAGAGUGGUCAUGAUGAAUACCACAAACGGACCAGAAAAUGUAGGGUCAUUAAAGAAAGACCGCGGGAGUUUAAAACGCGGUCAUUAAACGUGUUGUCAUUCAAAUAUGACCAUGGGGAUUUAGUACAGUUGUGGUCAAUAAAAUAAGAACUGUAGCUUUUUGUUCUCAAAGUGGUUGUCCGGAAACAUCCAUAUUAGGUCAUUAGAGGUGGGGUGGAAAACAUAUAUUAAAUCAUAUCAAAGAUAUCCAUUUUUAUACUCAUCUCCAGAAAUCCCAUCCCAAAUAUUAUGAGGUCAUAAGAGAAAGAUCAUCAUCGCAAACUGAAAUUCUAGAGAUUAAAAUGUCCCAACCUUAAAUCGCUGUCCUGGUUAUAGAUGAAGAAUUACUGAUGGACGGGGUCGGAUGUCAGCUGUAUAGGACCAUGUCUGUCAUACGAGGGGAUGUCUGUCCGUCUGUAUGUCUGUUCGUCUGUGCGUCGGUUGUAAUUCCACUGGCUCUACAACAAUAAGACCAGAUUUUAUUUUUUAAACGUACCUGCUUCAUCAGUGACUCUAACCCCUUUCUGUUCAAAUAUUUCUGAAUAUACCAUCCCCUUCUGAUCUUCAAAUUAAAACGAACCAAUGUAUAAAUACUAUGAUACUGAUGACGAUAAUAAAAUAUUCCAUAAGAGGAGUACAAGAAA